AUGGAAAUUCAACAUCCUAGCCAUAAUCAUCCUCUUGUUUUCAAGGAAGAGCGGAGCCAUGAAAGUGAUGAGAUGCUUUAUUGCCGUGGGUGUGGGGAGGUGGUGUCGGGUCCAACGUACAGCUGCGUGGCAUGCGGGUUUCACCUUGACAAGAACUGCGCUGAGGCACCUUUUUGGCUGAAUCACCCCUUGCACCGCAGCCACAGCCUUGAUCUUGUAUCGCCACCUGGUAAAUUUUGGUUUAAUUGCGAUUUCUGCAACAAACGCGUCACAGUCCACAAGGAUUGCAUUUCAUUAUCUCGCAUCAUCAAAAGCAUCUGGCAUCACCAUCCUAUUUUCCACAACUAUUUUGCAGUAGAAAAUGAGUGUGGAAUAUUGGAAUGUGGAAUUUGUCAUGAGGAGGUGAACAAAGAGUAUGGGAAUUACUGUUGUUCUGCGUGUAAGUUUAUUGUCCAUGUGAAUUGUGCUCUAGAGAAUACUACUUUUUAUUAUGAAAUUGAGUCAAAAGAUGAUUAUGAGAAGCUUAAUGAAAAUUCAACGCUGGUGGAUCCAUCAUUUCUUGUCAUUAAAGAGAUCAAACUUGGAGAAAAUGUGAUAACUACAGAGAUACAACAUUUUAGCCAUGAACACAAUUUAGUGUUAUAUGAUGAAGUAAAGGAUGAGAAAUGUUGUUACUGUUGCAGUCUACUCAUUGAGACAUCUUUUUAUAGUUGUUCAGAAUGUGAUUUCUCUCUCCACAAAUCAUGUGCUGUGUUACCCAAGAAGAUGGAAUUUUGGGCUUUUCCUUUGACCCUUAACCUUAUUCCAAAUCACUUUUUCAAAUGUCACUUUUGUCAUUCCCUGCAUACUGGUUUUGCCUACAACUUGAAGGAACUUUGCUUGUGCGUUCAGUGUACAGAACGUUCUUUGAGCUACACAAGUCAAGCGCACAAGGAGCACCCCCUUCUUUUUUACAACAAGUAUAAUGGGCAGUGCAAUGCUUGUGGUAACAGUAUUACUGAUGAUUUCGCAACAUACAGAUGCAAGGGUUGCAAUUUUAAUUUGCAUGUUCUAUGUACUCUGCUACCACGAACAGCUUGGCACAAAUGUGAUGAACAUUGUCUCACACUCACAUACCAUGAAGUUCAUGAUUAUUCAGAAUAUCAUUUUUGUGACAUUUGUGAAGAAAGAAGAAACCCCAACAUUUGGUUUUAUCAUUGUGCACUUUGUGACAAGUCAGCUCAUCCCAAAUGUGUUCUUGGAGAUUACCCGUUUAUCAAGCUCGGGAGGAGGAUCUCUGCAAAGACUGAUCAUCCACACUUACUCAUUCUCGGGCAAAAGGUUUAUCUUUACCCUGAAUGUUCUAAAUGUGGUCAGCUCUGCUUCGAUCUGGCUCUUGAGUGUGCAGACACAAGAUGCAGCUUUGUUAUCCAUUGGAGAUGUAGCCGCCUCAAAGACUUCAUUGAAGAUGAUAAUAUCGUUGAGCUGAUAGCCAUCAAAGGUUACUGAUGAUUUCUUUAGUGGGUUGUUUUAAACUAUUCAUCCUUCUUUAUGAUUUGAUAAUUUCCAAAAUGUUUGAAUAAAU